AUGGAAGAUAGAGAAACUAUUGCUGAGUACAUGUUCAGGAUCAAUGACCUUAUCAAUAAUAUGACAGCACUUGGUAAAGAUAUUAAGGAUGUUGAUGUUUGUAAGAAGAUACUAAGGUCACUCACCUCUAGAUUCAAUCCUAAAGUAACAAUUCUCGAAGACAAAGAUCUUUCUGAAGUGAAGAUUGACGAGCUUCAGGCCUCUCUCACUGCCUUUGAAAUGAGAAUUGGUGUUUCAGUUGUUCAUAGAAGAGAAACUGCUCUUAAAGCAAAGGAAGUUGUUAAAGAAACUAAAGCAAAGUCUGAAGAUGAUCUUGAAAAAGAUGAGGUUGCCUAUCUUGCUAAGAAAUUUAGAAAGUUCAGGUUUAAAAAGAAAAAUCAGCUACUAAAUUUAACUUGCUAUGGUUGUGGUAAACCUGGUCAUGUUGCAUUUAAGUGUCCAAACUCAAAGGGGCAGAGUCAGAAGAAGAAUGAGGGAGGAAACUGCAAAGGAAGGUUUGGCAGAAAAGCACUUAUCUCAGACUGGGAUACAACUCUUGAAGAAGAAAAACCUGAGGAGACACAAGAAGAUGAAUGUCUCUUUAUGGCAAUUCUUGAAGCACCACAAACUUCUGUUCAGGUUGAAGAAGAUAGUGGCACUGAGAUUGAGGAAAUUCUUGAAGAGUGUGAAAGGCUUACAGUGAACAAGAGAGACUUUGUUACCACAGCUAUAAAGAACUUCAAGAUAACUAGAAUGUAUGUCAAGAAGUCAGAAUUAGGUUCAGCUCAGAAGGUCAAGGACAAAGGAUCGUUGGUAAAGACUAAAAUUAUGUGGAUUCCUAAAAAGCUGAACUCUGUGUGUCUUCUUGUGUAUACAGCCUUUAAAGCUUAUAAUACUCAGGAUAAAUGGUAUGUUGAUAGUGGUUGCUCGAGACACGUGACUGGUGAUGGUUCCAAAUUUAAUUCGUUGAAGCAGUUUGAUGGUGGGAAUGUUAUCUUUAAAGAUAAUCAAAGAGCUAAGAUUGUUGGAAUUGGUACUGUGAGUAAGUCUGAAGAGUUGCCAGAAAUCCACGAAGUUCUAUGA